AUGGCCAAGUCCCAGCUGGCGGAGCAGCCCAACAUAUUCAUCUCCAAUGGCACCUGCUACAGUGGUCCAAACCAUGAGGCAGAUCCAGCCAUGAUACCUUGUGGCAAUUCCUUCUAUGGGGCCAUCUCCUGCUGCCAGGCACAAGAUGCAUGCCUACUGAGUGGCGUCUGCUUCAACUUCCAGUACUAUACAACCUAUAUUUCUGGCUGUACUGACUCAGAAUAUAAAUCGCCCGUCUGCCCUAACAAGUUUGAGGACAAAGACGCCCCAUGGCUGGGUAUGUCCUAUUGCAAUGGCACCAGCAAUCAAUGGGUUCUUUGCGACCAGAAGGGCCACCCAGGGACCAUUGUCAAACCUGACCUGUGCUACUGCCCUACUGCCAGCGCCGAGCGCAGCAUGACCCUGAGCCAGUACUCGCAGAUCAACGAGACAGCCUGGCUGCCCAGCGCUACUGGCCUCAGCGUCCAAUUCUUCGCGGGCUUCUUCCCGACUGCACCGUCGACCAUAGCUUCCUCGAGCGCGACUGCCACUUCCAAUCCUACUCCUAGAGUUGGUCCUUCUUCUGCUCGAACUUCCAAUUUUCUGAGCCCUACGGUGUCGUCCCCAGCUCUGACUACAACCAGCCAUUCAAACAACAGUCUCACCACUGGCGAUACCAUCGGCAUUGCAGUCAGCGCGUCUAUCGGCGGCGUCGCCCUCCUUGCAGGGCUCGUCUACCUCUUCCUACAUCGCCGCCGCACUCUAAAGGCCCGAAUCGCUGCCAAGACACCCGAGUCAUCUAUUCAUCAGCAGACCCCCUCCUAUGGCGGUGACCCUAAUGGAGGAGACCAUCACAGCAUCGGCAUCGCUUACGGCGGCGUCGGAGGCGAUGUACAUGAGCAGCAGCCCUACAAUGAGUCCGCCUCCCAGCUGGGCAGCCCGCACCCGUCGGCAAUCUCGGAGUUGGACAGCCACCAUAUCAACAAGGCGGUGCGCCCUUGGUCUUUGGUCUCGGAGCUCGAUGGCGAGAACAGCAGCAGCGCGGCUCCUGCGAUGGGGACGACAGGCAUGCCGACUUCGCCGGGCCGGAUGGAGGCUAUUAUGGAGAAUGGUGGCUUUGGCGAGGAGCAGGCUGGGCCGAGUGAGCUUUCUGCGCACGAGCUGACGGAGUUGCCUGCUUGA